GAGUGUCGUCAGUCUGCACACCGCGUUCCACUCACAUCCACGGAGGAGCGGAGCUGAGGCAGGCACUGGCACCGGAACGACCCUUUGUGCUUCACCGAAAACACGCAUCUGUCCAAACGGACCCGCCGUCACGCGCUCAGUGGGAAACGCUCUGUGAAGCACAAUGGGACCGUUCCAAGAAUACGAGGAGAAGAAAUCCCCAGAGAAAGGAAGUCCUCGCAGCCGUAUCCCACGCCUGGUCCUCCAUCCUUUCCCGCCCAAAGACAAAGGCUCGCCUCUGUCUGAUUCGCCCUUUUCAGAGGAGGAGGGGAAGGAGUGUGACAUGAGCUCGGACCACUCCAAAAGAACCAUCAGCACCAACAGCUUCUGCUCCGAUGACACCGGCUGCCCCACUAGUCAGUCUGUGUCCCCCUCCAAAACCCCGUCAGGCUCCGAGAACAGCGCCCACGGCUCACCCACGCUCCCGGAACGCAAGAGCAAAGUGAAGAGAGUGAGGGUGAUGGCGGAGUGGAGCGGCGAGCAACGCAACGCCACCAGGCACAAGAGGGAGCUGAGGUCGGCGAUGAAGCACAGAGGCAGCGAGGCCGACUUCAGCUCAUCCAGCAGCUCCGGAAGUCUGAAGACCAGAGAAACCGCCACCUCCGGUUCAGCUGGAAAGAAGGCUCCGUCACGCAGUCGAGGUGCUCACAUCCGGUCGCUCCCGGUCUUCAAACCAGCCGGGUCCAGCUCCACAACAGUCCGAGAUGCAGAGCUCUACGCCCCUUAUAGAACCCCCCCCAGAGCCACCUCCUCCACCAACAGCAGCUGCAACUCCAGCCCCACCACCAGAAGAGCAAACCUUGGCUGCUACCACUCAUGUGGAGACAACCAUGGCAUCAGACCCCCCAACCCCGAACAGUACCUGACCCCCCUGCAGCAGAAGGAAGUGGCCAUCAGACACCUGAAGACCAAACUGAUGGAGUCUGAGAACAGAGUCCGUGACAGGGAGACGGAGAUCGUGGAGCUGAAGGGCCAGCUCGGCAGGAUGAGGGAGGACUGGAUUGAAGAGGAGUGUCACCGGGUGGAGGCUCAGCUGUCGCUCAAAGAGGCUCGCAAAGAGAUCAAACAGCUGCGUCAGGUGGUGGAGACGAUGAAGAGCAGCCUGAUGGAGAAGGAUAAGGGCAUCCAGAAGUACUUCAUCGACAUCAACAUUCAGAACAGGAAGCUGGAGUCGCUGCUUCAGAGCAUGGAGCUCGCCCAAAGCGGCACCAACCUCCACGACGAGCAAACUCUGGACUUUAUCUGCGACAGCCCAGACAGCGGCGGGAAGAAGCUGAUGGGAGAAGACGGUGGGAUGGAGCUGGAGGACCAGGGGGCGGAGGCCAUGGCGGACAGCGGGCUGCUGGUCAACGACGAGAUGGCCAACAGAGCGGACAUUUUGGAACAGGUCUUCAUGUCUACUGCGGUGGAUUUUAGUCAGGACUCGAGUGGAAAGAUGAGGGCGGAGGCGGAGUCUGGGUUGGGGGUGACGGCGCUCACAGAAGACGGACAGUUGAUUGAUAAGUCCGCAGUACAAAACGCAAGCACACCUUCCCAAGCGAACACAGACGACAAGGAGGUCCAAACCGACGUGAUGCCCAUGUCGACAGAUCUUCAGGCUCUGCUUCUUCAGCUGCUGAAGUUUCACGGGGUGGCAGGAGGUGACGCCGACCUACCGACCUCCAGCAGCUUGGUCGACCUCCAAAACCUCCCCACGUCCACAUUCACCGCUACCCCUCUACCCAGCACGCCCAGCCCCAUCCCCGCAGAAACCCCAGACACCACCUCUGAUUCGGGCGUGUGCUGCUCAGACCUCACCGACGGUCACCAACGGUUCAUGGAGGAGCUGGACUUCGGGAUCGGCGGUGAGGAGCCUCGUCUUUCUCCGGGACUGGACGUGGUGGGUAAGCGUUACUGGAGCAGCAGCUUCCUGGUGGAUCUGGUCGCCGUGGCAGCCCCCGUGUUGCCCACGGUGGCCUGGCUGUACUCGCGUCACGGGGUGGACGGAAGCGCUCCGGUUUACAACAUCGCCGCUCUUAUCCGUGGGUGUUGCAUCAUGGGAUUGCACUCUCUUCGUCACGUUGCUUACAGGCCGGAUGCGUAACGGCUUCCAACCUGCAUGCACACGCCUAACCUUGAACUAAAAGCACUUCGGCAUCUUUCAACAGUAUUUGUGAGACUUGUUGCGUUUUUCGUUCAACACUUAAUGAUAUCGACGCAGUUUUGGUUCAAACACUGUUAACUUUGCACUGUAGUUACCAUGAGACGAAGCAAAAUGGUGAUUAUGAAAGGGAUUAUUUAUGAAAAGGGUUAUUUAUUUGUGUAUUUAUUUGUCAUUUCUGUGUAGAAGCUGAUCAUCCGGGUAGAUGGUUAUGUGUUAUCAUCAUCCUGUACCGUCUCUUAAUGUCAUCGUGUUACAGAAACCUUGUAAUGUUCGGGUGAGAGUUCUCAGAGGUGAAAGAUCGAAUGUUUGAGGACGGGUUCGGAAAAGUCCACUGUUUUGAGUUAAUGUUCAGAAACAAACCUUAAACCUUCAGCCAAAGCUUUAACGUGAAUUCACCGUUUGUUGUUUUUGUGAAGAAGUAUCUAUAUUUUUUUCCUCACUGGGAGUAGAGCUUUAUUUGGUACAACCUGUGUAUUGUUCAUAGAUACGUUGACGCUUCGAAGCAACUGACACUUGUUAUGUGCCUGAGCUAUGUGCAAUACUGGUGGUUUACAUCAACUGUCCUGUACCUUUACUAUUAAAGCAUGACAAUUCCACAUA